CUUCUCCAUCAUCUUCCUCCUCUGCCGACACGCACGGUCGAUCGAGCAGGAAGAUCGGUAAUGGCGAUGGAGCCGCUGCCGCUCGGGUUCGCGGACUUCUCCAUCACAAUGGACGCGUCUCUCGCCUCCCUCUGGCCGCUCGCCCAGGAUGAUGCCCCCCAUUGCUACCAACACAUGGAGCAGAGCGUGGAGGAGAUGCAGCAGAAGCUAGCUGCCGCGACUGCGGAGCUGCAGGUGGCGACGGAGGGGGUGCGGCUCAAGGAUCAGAAUAUCGCCGCGCUCAUGGAGCUCAUCCGCCGCACCGCGCAGGAGCGCGACCUUCUCCAAGAGCAGCACCUCCUACUUCUGGCCCACGAGCUGGCGGCGGCGACGUCUAGCAGCAGCGACUCGGACCCGGCACCGGGCGACGAUCGUUCCCCCUUGUUCAAGCUGCCAAGCUCUCCCGAAGCAACGGCCCUUGUCGACCGCCCCUCAGCCUUGUUCGAGCCAUCCUAUGUGGAUAUUACGACCGCUGCUGCAGCAGCGGCGGGGCGGCUUGAGCUGCUGGCGGCAAAGAGGCCUUUGCCGCACAAGGGGCGGCUGCUGCAGGCGGUGAUGGAGGCUGGGCCUCUCCUGCAGAGCCUGCUCGUGGCAGGGCCGCUGCCGCGCUGGCGCAACCCGCCGCCGGUGCAAGUCUCGCUGACCAACGCCAUGAUAUCGGCGCCGUCAGGCUCCGGAUGGAGCUUCUCACAGCGCCGACGGGAAGCUAGCCAGUUUGUUGUUUGUAUCAGACAGGUGGUCUCGCACAUAUAUCCAGUGUGUACGUACGCGUUUUUGUGCAUACAUAUCUAGUGUGUUUUAGGCUUUUCCGUGUAUUUUGCCCACUCUGCAAAUAAGUGAUUUCCGGUAGUGGUACGUCCCUCGCGUGCAGCUGACUGGUAGGCCAUGCAUAGUGUCGGCAGCGGCAAGCAUCCAUUUGAGAUGACAGAGAGAGAAAAAUAUGAUUUCCUUCCUUUUGAGAAGAAAAUAAACAACAUUUUCAAUAACAUAUUAUUUGCAGUCAAUAGUUUU